AUGGUGGGCGCAGAAGACAGGAUGCAGACUGUGCCCACGAUCCCAACUCAAGAAGGGAGCUCUCUCGGGGUGUCUGCCAGCAGUGAGACGACGAGACCAGCCUUCCCAGCGAUGAGGACCAACGCCACUGCCACCACUGUGGCCAUAGCGAGUGGCAGUGCUGCCUCCCUGUCCCUUGGACCCAGCUCGGCACUGACGAGACACUCCUCUGCCUCUGCUGUGGGCUCCUCAACUGCCACGUUCAACCCGCAGAGAAGCAGCACCAUGGAAGCCCUCUUGGCCACCACAGCUCACUCAUCCACAGCAGUCACGUCCUCCACUCUUUCGUCCACCCCUGGCGUUACGACUCUGGGGUCAGGCACAGUGACAGCAGAGGCCGUGACGCACAGUCCAGCUCUGAGUGCAUCCAGCCCCAAGCCAUCAGCUUCCUCCUCCAUCACAUCCCAUGCCUCAGGUACCACUGACACCAGCCUUUUGGCCACGCUGACUGGCAGGCUGGAGACGCAGGCAGCGCGGCUCACCUCCACACCUCUCAUGCAGGGGCAGGCCAUGGCGGAGGCUGCAGACACUACAUCUUCUACGAGGAGCCCCUUGCCUCCCACGGUCUCUGUGGCUAGCCGUGGCACCACUCCUCCCAGUGAAGGAGAAGGUCCCACCAGGAACCAGGAGAGUGGCACGAUAACUGAAGCCAGUGGCACAAUGGCUGAAGCCAAUGACAUGAUGGCCCCUUCCCCGUCUGCCACGUCGUUGCUGACCCUCUCCACAACGAGCACGGUGGGCAAAGAAGACAGGAUGCAGACUGUGCCCACGAUCCCAACUCAAGAAGGGAGCUCUCUCGGGGUGUCUGCCAGCAGUGAGACGACGAGACCAGCCUUCCCAGCGAUGAGGACCAACACCACUGCCACCACUGUGGCCAUAGCGAGUGGCAGUGCUGCCUCCCUGUCCCUUAGACCCAGCUCGGCACUGACGAGACACUCCUCCGCCUCUGCUGUGGGCUCCUCAGCUGCCACGUUCAGCCCGCAGAGAAGCAGCACCAUGGAAGCCCUCUUAGCCACCACAGCUCACUCAUUCAUGGCAGUCACAUCCUUCACUCCUUCCUCCACCCCUAACGUUACGACUCUGGGGUCAGGCACAGUGACAGCAGAGGCCGUGACGCACAGUCCAGCUCUGAGUGCAUCCAGCCCCAAGCCAUCAGCUUCCUCCUCCAUCACAUCCCAUGCCUCAGUCUCUGUGGCUAGCCGUGGCACCACUCCUCCCAGUGAAGGAGAAGGUCCCACCAGGAACCGGGAGAGUGGCACAAUGGCUGAGACCUCUGCCAAGUUGGCCCCUUCCCCCUCUGCCAUGUCCUUGGUGACCCCCUCCACGACGAGCAUGGUGGGCGCAGAAGACAGGAUGCAGACUGUGCCCACGAUCCCAACUCAAGAAGGGAGCUCUCUCGGGGUGUCUGCCAGCAGUGAGACGACGAGACCAGCCUUCCCAGCGAUGAGGACCAACGCCACUGCCACCACUGUGGCCAUAGCGAGUGGCAGUGCUGCCUCCCUGUCCCUUGGACCCAGCUCGGCACUGACGAGACACUCCUCUGCCUCUGCUGUGGGCUCCUCAACUGCCACGUUCAACCCGCAGAGAAGCAGCACCAUGGAAGCCCUCUUGGCCACCACAGCUCACUCAUCCACAGCAGUCAUGUCAUCCACUCUUUCGUCCACCCCUGGCGUUACAACUCUGGGGUCAGGCACAGUGACAGCAGAGGCCGUGACGCACAGUCCAGCUCUGAGUGCACCCAACCCCAAGCCAUCGGCUUCCUCCUCCAUCACGUCCCACGCCUCAGGUACCACCGACACCAGCCUUUUGGCCACGCUGACUGGCAGGCUGGAGACGCAGGCAGCGCGGCUCACCUCCACACCUCUCAUGCAGGGGCAGGCCAUGGCGGAGGCGGCAGACACUACAUCUUCUACGAGGAGCCCCUUGCCUCCCACGGUCUCUGUGGCUAGCCGUGGCACCACUCCUCCCAGUGAAGGAGAAGGUCCCACCAGGAACCGGGAGAGUGGCACAACGGCUGAGACCUCUGCCAAGAUGGCCCCUUUCCCCUUUGCCGCGUCGUUGGUGACUCCCUCUACAACAAACAUUAGGAAAUCAACAUUUCAUCUUCCGUUUUUUACUCUGACUUGCUCUCCCAUCACUUUCUUCAUUCAGCUGGAGGAUGUGACCAGUACAAGGAUACAGUUCAGCUGGAAACCUCAAGGUGGCACAAGAGAAAGUCUUUACAGAGUGCACCUGUGGGAAGGCGCUCGUGAGAUGAAGAGAAGCCUGAAUGAAACAAGUACUGCAUUUGAAAAUCUGGUUUCUGAUCAUGAGUACCAAAUAUCCGUGGAUGUUUCGACUUGCUCUAAGAAUGUCAGUACCUCCUUGACAGUUCGGACAGCUGCUGAAGUCUUCAGUGGAACCACCAGGAUUACCAAUGAAGUUUUCAUCCCUGAAUAUCAGAACAAAUCAGGCAGAGCAUUUAAGGACUUUGAAACAAAGUUUAUUAAUGAGACAGAAAAACAUUUGCCACAAAAGAUCCUAGAAAAAACACGUAUUGUAAUUAAUAGCAUCAAGAAUGGCAGUGUGAUUGUGACCUUUGACAUCGUGCUGGAUGUAGGAGAAAAUAUAACAAAAAGAGAGGUUUCAGACGCUUUUACAGAGGCCCUUAGCAUGAGUACAGUAUUGGAAGCCGAUCUUGAAAGAACUGUUAUAGAAGAUUACCAAGCAUUUGCCUGCAGCGUUCUGUUAAAAAGCCAGACAUUUAAUUAUACGCUAUAUAAUUCUGAUAGUAAAGGCUACAAAACAAUGUCUGAAACUAUCAAAACAGAAGUUGUUAGAGAAAUGCGCAUUAAACUGAAAGAUGACCACUUCGAUAUCGUUAUGCUUGGAUUCAGACCUGGGAGUGUGAUUGCUUAUUUCAUUUCUCUACUACAAAAACAAGAGCCCAUCGAUGUGAAUGUUAUGCAGGCAUCCUUAAGUCAAAUAUUAAAAAGCAAGUUUGGUGACCAAACUGAAGUAACUGUACAACCUCUGUCUGCUCAGUCAUCAACUGGAAAUUGUUCCAUGUGGAAAGUGGCAGUCAUUGUCCUUGGAGUUUUACUUGGAGUUGCUUUAGUGCUGAUUCUUCUGGUAACACUGGUUUACAUCUAUAUGAAGAAAAAAUCGGAUGACACAGCAAAUGGAAUGAUGGAUCUUAGUAGCUACGGCAGGUCACCUGACUACACAGCUGAGCCCAGAGUCAUCCUGUUGGACUUGAUGCACUUGGCCAAGGGUGAUUCACCUCACCUGAGAUAUUUAUCACCAUAUGAAGAUGUCCCUUUCUCUCCAGUGACAGCAGAAUGA